AAUCCCAGUAUCUCACUCCCACUCACUGCCACGCAUGCAUGAUCGCUCUCCUCCCAGCUACGAAUGCAGCUGAGCUCCUCUCCGCCGCGCCACUCCAGGAUGCUUCUGCCCAUGGCGCCAACGGCGAGCCCGUCGCCCGCCCCUGCGGCGCCCGGCAUUUCCACUCCCUACGCCUGGCCGCCGGCGGUGGCCUCUCCCGACGCCGAGAGCGCGCUCGCGUGGCCGAAUACCAACGCCAUCCUCGUGCUCGCGCUCCUCGUCUGCGCCCUCUUCUGCGCGAUCGUGAUCCACGUCGUUCUCCAGUGUGCGUUCCGCGUUGCGUCCCGCGCGUGGUACGGGCCGUACGGCGCCAUUGGCACCCCGCAGGAGCCGGCGCCACGCGCUGGAGGGGGCGGAGGCGGCGGCGACAGCAGGAAGCGUGGGGCGCUCCCGUGCCUGGCCUACUCGGCGGGGCUCGACCUGGCCGGUUCGUCGCGGGCGGAGUGCGCCAUCUGCCUCGCCGAGUUCGCGCGCGGGGAGCAGCUGCGCGUGCUGCCGCGCUGCAACCACGGCUUCCACGCCCACUGCAUCGACCGCUGGCUUGACGCGAGGCCGACGUGCCCGACGUGCAGACAGGCGCCGUUCGCCGAGCCUGACGUGGAGUGCGUGCUAGCCGCGGGCCGUGCAAGGCCGGAGCCCGUUGUCGCGGUGGUGCGAGUGAUAGUAGAUGGUGGUCGGGCCCGGCGUGUGGAGAUUUAGCAUGUGUCAUGAUAAGCCGCUGGUUAUACAGACAGUAACAGUACUGAAACUUUUUGUACAGUGAGAGACAGUAAUGAACUUCUUAGCGAUUGGACUGAACUCGAAAGCACCUCCUUUACUUUUCAUCCUGUGAACAAAAGAAACUCGAACUGCUAUGUUUGCUUGGGCAUACCAGUGGAACA